AUGGACAGUAACUCCGCUAGGCACGUCACCGAUAACACCGGAAGCCUGGAAGCUUCUCAGCCGCUUACCUUCAUUGCACCGCAUCUCCACCACCAACAACCUCUAUCAGAACAAUCCUUGUUCUUUGAUGGAGCAACAAUGGUAAAUCCCGAGCUGCGCCGGCAGGUCAUCAACGUCUACAAAGAGCUUUUGUUCUUAGGACGGGAAUAUCCUCUGGGCUAUCAGUAUUUCCGGGAUCGGCUACACCGUGCGUUUGCAAGUCAGACUCAGAUUACCGACGAUGAGCAGAUUCGCAAGGGAAUAGCGAGGGCUGAGUUUGUGAAGAAAGGUAAGUGCUGUCUUUUUUGCUGGGAUUUCUAUCCCUCGGUUGCAGUUAAGGGUAUGUUGCUAAUUGUUUAAUGCAGAAGUGGAAGCGCUGUAAGAC